CUCCUGUUCGCUUGACCGCUUCAAUCCUCGAACCCCCACCACCCUUCCUCUUGGGGAUUAUCUGGUAGAUCAUCCCUGUCAUACCGAAAGUUCCGAACCCCCUCCCUAGAAGUCGGCACUUCAACCCGUCCCACUUCACUAUUGACAGGUUGCCUAAGAAUCACCAGUUCCGCGACAUGGCAACUUGACGCAUCAUGAUUAUUUUUGGAAUUGGUGUGGGCAAAGCAUUCAGAACACAACUAUAGUUUUGGUACCCUCUCAUCUUCGAUCGAUCUGGUUAUCGUUCCACCCCCGAAACCCCCCUCCACCUCGAAUCCAGCUGCUUGCCAGAUUCCCCUGAUUUCUGUUUCCGACCAAUUGCUGUGACGGAGGACAGCCAUCUUUGAACAUGUCUCAAAAUUUUGAGAAGUCGGUGAAGGGAGCCACCAAGAUAAAGCUUGCGGCCCCCAAAUCCAAAUACAUUGAACAUAUUCUUGUUGCGACACAUACAGGCGAGGCAGGUGUUGCAGAGAUUUUUCGGACGCUGCAGCUUCGACUUCGCGACUCAACAUGGACCAUUGUUUUCAAAGCUCUUAUUGUUGUCCACUUGAUGAUAAGGGAAGGACAGCUGGACGCUACAUUGCAGUAUAUGGCAGAGAACCCCAGAAGACUUGCGAUCAGUGGAUUCUCAGAAGUACAAUCGCAAGGCCAUAAUAUUCGAAGAUAUUCCGAUUAUCUGAUCGCACGUGCGCGUGCCUUCGAAGAUACAAAGACCGACUAUGUGCGAAGCGGACAAGGUCGAAUGAAGAGACUGACAGUUGAAAAGGGACUUCUGAGGGAGACAGAAAUAGUUCAACAUCAGAUCCAUGCACUGCUCAAAUGUGACCUUCUCACUGACGACGUCGAGAACGAAAUAUCGUUGACCGCAUUUCGCUUACUGGUUUUGGAUCUUCUGACAUUGUAUUCAGUGAUGAAUGAAGGAACAAUAAACGUUCUUGAGCAUUAUUUUGAAAUGUCGCGACCCGACAGCGAACGUGCAUUGGAAAUAUACAAGACAUUUACUGCCCAAACGGAAGAAGUUGUGAAGUUUCUGGGAGUUGCCAGGCAUUUCCAGGCUGCGACGCGAUUGGAGAUCCCCAAGCUCAAACAUGCUUCUACGGAUCUGACGCGACUUCUGGAGGACGAUCUCAAUGACCCGGAUUUCAACCUUCGCCGGCGCGAAUAUUUGGCACGAAAGCAAGGGAAGAGCGGCGGAACUCCUCCGCCUGUGAGUAAAACUGCGACAGGCGAUCGGGCCGUGAGCAACUCGAAUACUAUGCCGGCCCGGCCUCAAACCCAGCCGAACCCACAGACACAGAAGUCAAACCAAUCGGAUCUUAUCGACUUCUUUGAUUCAAUCGAGCAGAAUCAGCAGCCGAUGGCCCAGACCAAUCCGUUCCAGCAAGCGCAAUUACAGCAGCAACCGCAGGCGAUGCAGUUCCAGCAAACCGGAUUUCCACCGCAGCAGCAGCAGGCCUUCUACGCACAACCGACGGGCUUCCAGCAGCCCCAACCCACUGGGUUUGACCAACAAGCGGCGUUUGGAAACCAGUUUGCGCCGCAGAAUAUCCAGCAGUUUGGCCAGCAGCAGCAGGCCCCCCAACCUCUUCAACCCAACCACACGGGGGCCGGAUUUGGUGGUUAUUCGGCGCAGCCCCAGACAUACGGGUUCCAGUCAAACCUCGCACCCAUCCCACAACAUGACAUGAGCGCAUUCUCCCAGCAGCAACAAAUGCCAAUGGCCCAGCAGCAAUUGCAGCCACAGUCAACCAACCCCUUCAGACAAUCAAUGUUAAUGAGCACGCCGACAGGAUCGGCCACGCCUGCCACCCCCCUUAACCGCCAAAAUACGAACCCCUUCGCACGACGUUUAUCAACAGUCAACCCUCAGGUCGAAACCGGUGUUCCUCAAGCCUUCCCGCAGGCGCAGCCGCAAGCGCCCCAACAGCCAGCGCCACUUCAAGCUCAGCGAACGGGAACCAAUCCGUUUGCCCGUGCGUCCUCUGUUCCCCCACCGCAGUCACAGGGCCUGCAACCUCCAGCUGCGGCUCCUCUGCGACCAAACCCUACAGGGAGCACGAAUCCUUUCCGUCAGAGCGCCUUUGUGAACCAACAGACAGGCCAAGGGUGGCAUGUCGGUGGACAACAGGGCACAAUGGGAGGUUUGGAGCAACUGGACACUGUGCCAAUAUUCCCGCGCCCGGGGCUAUCAUAGCGUUGCUUACAAACAAUUCUGAUCUCUACAACGCCACACGGAAACAAGAUAGUGUGUUAGGACAUACCUAUGUCUCCUUUAUAAUACUCUUUUUAUUGACUUGCAUUGGGUUUCUUGAUUGAGUGUUUGAAAGCAUAAUGGCGGGGCUCGCAGUGCGGCCCCGACCGUUGACCAUGUAGCGAUAGCAGAUGUCCAGUGACAAGACAAUAUAACAAAGGAUUGCAGCAGC